ACUUUACUUUUAACGACAAGCGGCUAUAUAAGCAACAAAUGAACAACACUGACUAUUGAUAUAGUAUCUGGCAAGUUUAACGAUGCACCUUCAAGCUUCAACUUUCUGGGCACUUUUGCUUCUGGGUGCCGCAAGCACCACUUCCGCUGCUGAUUGUGGCAAUCUGGAUCAAAACAUCGUCAUCAGAAGCCACAAGUCAGGGUUGGUUUUAGUCGCUGAUGAAGUGUUGAACAUUAUAACUCUGCAAGUUUACGACCGGUCGGUUAGCCAACGGUUCCAUUUUCAACCUGGUGUGACCCUUGCAUCUUUCAAUAUUAUUAGUAACAGCACAGGGUUAGCUUUGGACAUCAUUGAGAAUGGGAGUCUCUAUGUUGCAACUUUGACUGAACUCAAUGAUUUGAAAAGUCAAGAGUUUUACAUCAAUUCAGAUGGUGCUAUUGUCAGUGGUGCCUAUCCAGAUUAUGCUUUGGGUGUAAGGAAUGGCGAUUUUACCCCGGGGAGCUACAUAGUGCUGACUCCACAUACAGAGGAGAACAUUGAAAGUGAACAGUUUUCAUUGGAAUUUUCGCAGAGUUGAAGCACGAUUUUAUUUUAUUAUGUUGAGAAUAUUGUCAUUGUGUUGUCAAUAAACCUACAGUUGUUAUAAAUAA